AUGAUAAAUAAAGAAGAUAUUAUUUGUGAAACAGAUAGAUUAUAUGUAGUCAAAUUUAGAGAUGAUGAUAUAGAUGCACAAGUUAUAUAUGAUAUCUUUAAUCAAGAACAAGUUAUAAGAUAUAUUGGUGAUCGUGGUCUAAGAACAUUGGAACUUGCAAGGGCCUAUGUAAGAAAUAUCAUCAACAGUUAUACUGUCAAUGGAUACGGUAUGAUGCAUGUCAUUAGAAAAGAGGAUCAUCAAUCAUUGGGUACAUGUGGAUUGGUCAAGAGAAAGUGGAUUGCAAGAGAGGAUGAAGUCAACAUUGGCUAUGCACUACGUAAACAAUUCGAACACCAAGGAUACACUAUUGAAGCCACCAAAGCAAUCAUUCAAGAUGGUCAAACUAGACUAGGUAUCAGUAAUAUAGUUGGUACUACCGUCUCUACCAAUAUACCAUCGAUCAAAGUUUUAGAGAAACUUGGUCUAGUCCAUAAACUUGAUACUGCCGACGAUGUUGAUCCAACUGAAUUAUUAUCUCUUUAUGUAUUCCCUGAAUAUUUAUAG